CUAUGGUGGCGCUAGCAUCGUACCUAUACGUCAAUUCUUCGUCAAAAAAGAGCGCUUGCGUGCUCGUUCUUUUUCGGAUUAGUUUCCAUCUUGAUCACAUUUUUUAAGGGUCGUAUUCUCGAAAACAAAUUAUGGCAGACAUUGAAGAAACCCACUUCGAGACCGGAGACUCUGGCGCCUCUGCCACCUAUCCCAUGCAAUGUUCGGCCCUACGUAAAAACGGUUUCGUCAUGCUGAAAGCGAGGCCCUGCAAAAUCGUCGAAAUGUCCACGUCCAAGACCGGCAAGCACGGACACGCCAAAGUUCACUUGGUCGGAAUUGAUAUUUUCUCAGGUAAAAAGUAUGAAGAUAUCUGUCCCUCUACACACAACAUGGACGUACCUCACGUCAAACGCGAAGACUAUCAGCUGACCGACAUUUCCGACGACGGCUACUUAUCCCUAAUGUCAGACAACGGCGAUUUACGCGAAGAUUUGAAAAUUCCAGACGGCGACGUCGGCUCUCAGUUGCGCACCGAAUACGAUGCUGGCAAAGAUAUAUUGUGUACCGUACUCAAGUCUUGUGGCGAAGAGGUUGUAAUUGCAGUAAAGACAAAUACUGCCCUGGACAAAUAAUGGCAUGGCGUAAAAGUGAGGGCCAGAAAUAAUAAACGGACGUCACUGUUCUUGAUCCACCUAGCAGAGGUCCCUCGCGAAAUUCCCCAUCAAAUUUUUACAAUAAGCUAUUAUAUUUGUAUUGGACCAGCAGCGUUAACAGCUUAAUGGGUAAAAGUCGAUUGUCCUACAAUUAUUUGUAGGGUGUUCAAUUUUUACAAAAAAUUGUACUUUUAUUUGUUGGCAAAACAGCUAUAAUUGUUCAAUAAAAAUGUAAAUUUUUUUAAUAAUCAAUUUUUUUAUCUUGUGUCUUUUGCGGAAUCGCCUCUUUCUGGCCUCCUGAUCUUUUGGUAACUGGUUUAUUUUUGAAUAAUUUCUGUUUUGUCCAGAACUGGGCGAUUCUCCUCCUAAUCUUGUUGACCUAUGAUUUAAUUGAAUAAAAUAUAACUUUUUUUUAAAGGACUCGUUUUGAUAUUGUUUAGGAUAAGUUUGAUUCAAGAAAAAAAAAAACAAGCAAUAACCUUUGUUUUUUUGGGUUAUGCAAUACUAUUGGUUGAAAAUAUAAUAAAAUUCCGUUUGA